AUGGCGUCUUGCCCUCCUGCGGCGGAGGUUGAAAAUACCCUCCCCUAUUCAUUUCCCUUUGAAGAGGAUCAGUGCGAGGAUCCUGUUCAACUUCAAGACCAGAUUGCGAGGGUCCGGGCUGCUUUUGAUCAGGCGAAGAACUUCAUGUCUCAGCAAGCUAUCGCUGAGCUCUGUGAGUACCUGGGACAGGGUGAAUGGAUUCACGAUGCGAAGCGUGCCAGCAACCAUCCUGCGUAUGCACGUUUCAUGGGGAAAGGCAGAUUCAAGAAAUCGCUCUACUGCCCACAGUUUUUUGUCAUUCAGGCAAUUUUCGUCCCAGACCCCGAAGGCAGAGGUAUUCUUGAGGCAGUGGACAAGCUGUAUGCGGAGGUGUCUAAGCACUGGGGUAUGCAGGCUACUCCGGGUGUCCCUUUCUUCCCUCGCCUGGAAGAUUCUGAGCGAGAGCUCCGACUGCUCCUGGGCAACCACCCCAUGCUCUCUAAGCAGGCGAGAAGAACUACUGCUCCCAUUCGCCCAUCUCCCGCCGCACCCAUCGUCGCCGGCGCAUCCCCCGGACCUGGAAGACGAACCACCGGAUCCCCAAUCACCCGGGACAGCAUCACCGUCACACCCGGCCCCAGCACAUCCAACAACAGUCACUGGACAGCGGCAGACUCCCUAAGUGAUAUAAGCCCAUACCUAAUCGACAUUAACACAAAGCUCAAGGAAUAUGAGCAAUACAUCGAGAACCUUGAGCAAACAGUCAAAGACAGAGACUUCCAGCUCAAUAACCUCGGAUACAAGCGAAGAUUCGAAGACGCGCAGCAACAGCUGCAUGAAACCCAGCAAGAGCUUCAAGACAUGCAUCACCGGUACCGCGAGUCGCAGAUGCUUCUCAGCAAGUACGAGGAGAAGGCUAAGCAGGUCCAUCAUCACAUCUCACAGUCUCAAUCAUUCUCCAACCGCGCGCUCGAGGCCGCUUCCAAGAUCCAAAGUCUUCUGGCCCUUGGGCAGCAGCAAUCGAACAAGGUCUUGAACCUCCUAAGCGACCCUAUCGAGGAGUUCAACGCUGCUGCUGAGAGUUCUGGUCUUGCGGUUCACGAUGGUCAACGAACCAACAAGAGAGCUCGUGAAAACUAA